GUGGCCUGGGAGACCCAGGGCCUGCAGGAAGAGAACAUCGCCGCCCAGGGAAGGAGAGGCUGCUGCUGCUGCUGCUGCUGUGGGAUCACCACCUCCACCACCCUUCCCUGUGGGACUUCUGCCUGGCAGACCUGCAUCCUGCAGGACCAGGCCCCAGUGUUUUUCGAUCGUUAUGGCACCGGUUCCUGUCAAAAGAGCACGAACCCCUGAUGCUGAAUGGACAGGUGAUCAGAAACUUCUGACAGCUGGAAUAACAAGUGCAGGAUCUGAAGAGAAAUAAGAAGGAACAGUCUUGGGAUCUUCCACCUUUCUGAACGAUGCAUUUACAAGACUGUUUUACAAGAAGUCUCCCAGACUGAAAACAGCAUCUUAAGAGAGCACCUUUGUCAGUCAAGAUGAAUCAUCUGAUCAACCCAGACCUUAACCUGAGUGCUCUUGGGAGCAACCUUACAGUGCCCACUGUCAAGACUAAGCUAUCAACGUGUGAACAAGUGGCCAUAGCGGCAGAGGUGUUUCUCAUACUUGGCAUUGUAAGCCUUCUUGAAAACAUCCUAGUCAUCUGUGCCAUAGUUAAAAACAAGAACUUGCACUCUCCUAUGUAUUUUUUUGUGUGCAGCUUAGCUGUUGCUGACAUGCUGGUCAGUGUGUCAAAUGCCUGGGAGACCAUAACAAUAUAUUUAUUAAACAACAGGCAUCUCAUUAUUGAAGAUGUUUUUGUACGUCAUAUAGACAAUGUUUUUGAUUCAAUGAUAUGUAUAUCUGUUGUGGCUUCCAUGUGCAGUUUGUUAGCUAUAGCAGUAGACAGGUACGUCACUAUCUUUUAUGCGCUCCGAUAUCAUAAUAUCAUGACUGUGAAAAGAUCAGGGCUCAUAAUUGCAUGCAUAUGGACUUUUUGCAUUGGCUGUGGAAUCAUCUUCAUUCUUUAUUAUGAAUCAAAGUAUGUUAUCAUGUGUCUCAUCACAAUGUUCUUCACUAUGUUAUUUCUCAUGGUCUCCCUGUACAUACAUAUGUUCCUUCUGGCUCGUACUCAUGUCAAGAGGAUAGCAGCUCUACCGGGAUAUAAUUCUGUUCAUCAGAGGACCAGCAUGAAAGGUGCCAUCACUCUGACUAUGCUGCUGGGCAUCUUCAUUGUUUGCUGGGCUCCAUUUUUCCUUCAUCUCAUCCUGAUGAUUUCCUGUCCUCAGAAUCUCUUCUGUGUUUGCUUCAUGUCACACUUCAACAUGUACCUCAUCCUCAUCAUGUGCAAUUCAGUUAUUGAUCCCUUGAUCUAUGCCUUUCGAAGUCAGGAAAUGCGAAAAACUUUUAAGGAGAUCAUGUGCUGCUAUAGCAUACGAACGGCCUGUGGACUGCCAAGCAAAUAUUAGGAAAAAUGUGUAUUUGGACUUAAAAAAAAACUGAAGAAAAAACUCUGUUUACUAACAGAAUUACUGCCAACACCAGGGAUGGGGAACCCGGGCCCUCCAUAUGUUGUUGGAUUUAAAUUCCCAUCAGCCCAAGCCAGCAUGGCCAAUGGUCUGAGAUGAUGCGAACUGUAGUCAAACAACAUUGGGAGGCUUACUAGUCUGCCAUCCGUGGUCUACACACCUUCUUAUUCCAUAGGAAAUGCUGUUUCUUUAGCUUGUGAAAGUGAUCAUAUUUGAGUGUGAAACGGAAAUUUCUCUAGCUUAAAUUUCUCUUUUGUGGACUGUUUUCUCUUCCACGUCCUCUCAUUAAUGUGAGUGGCAUAUCUUUUGAUGUACAAAAGUACUGAGAAUGGGAGAGGUAAACCAGCACUGCAAUGCAUACAUGCAAACACAUAUCACUGUGCAAAGGAGCAGAACCUGAAUUAUUUCAUCAUUUCAUUUUCAUAACUAAUAACUAUAAAUAUGUUUGUUAAAUUCUCUCUGCAUUUCAUGACAUUCACGUGAGUCUUAAACAAAACCACACUUUCAUUAGUAUUCUUUAGUUCUGAAAAGAUAUGUCAGGUACAGAAUGAAGAGUUUCCUUCACAGGCUGUGAUUAAUGUUAUGUGAUGAAUAUAAUUUGCAAAUGUCAGAUUCCACAUGCCUCAGCCUCCAUGAGGAUGGCCAAGAAAUACUGAGAUAGAUCCACACAGUUCUUUAUAAUUAAAAAUCAGGAAUAGCAAAACAGACUAAUGUAACUGAAAUAUUUUCUUAUGUGGAAUGUGAAUUCCGAAAUACCUACUGAUGUCCAAUUUAUUGUGCCUGCCACUUGUCUAUAGAAAUGUCACUAACAUGCCUGCUGUAGAACUGGGAAUUAGGGACAGAAGUGUCUAAAAUAAGAACUGACCACUGAUGGAUGAGAGGGAAUGUAUGUUCCAACCCUGUUGGCCAAUCCAUUUGUUUACACAUCCAUCAGUGCUGUUGUGUGGCAUACCUGAGGAAAGUAGGGGGAUCUGCAAGAGAGUUCAUUGACAGCUUCGUAAGGGGAUCAUAGCACUGAUCAUUGGCUUGAUACCAGGGAUAGCAUUGCACCUUGUGUUGCUACAUCAUUAGAAAAGGAAAGUGGGUAGAGCAAGACAUAUGUCCCCUUCUUGUCAACCACAGCUUAAGCUUUUUGCAAUGCAAGCAAUGUUGAUACUGACAGCUAAAUUCAGUUCAUUGAUCAGCUGCUCAUCAGACUCCUAUUAAAAUGUGCAUAGCCCAUUUGUUUUAAUGUGAUUACUUGUACCUAUGUUUACAAAUGCUGAGAAGAAGGUAUACUUAAAGAUAUACAUGGACACUUUUUAAUGAGGAAAAUGCUGGACUUUAUGCAUCUUUCAGAUUAAAGAAGUCUUAGAAAUAAGGAUGGUUGUGAGGCAUGAAAGUCAAAAUCAGAAAGGGGACCUGAGAACAUGGGGGAUCAUCAUAAGCAUAUAUUGCAAGUCUCUGGUUGCAAAAGAGAUAAGAUUGUCUUUAUUGGAGAGGAUGACAAAGGUCCUGUCACAGAGAGACCUUGGCCCUAUUUGCAAGAGCUCUUUUCUUUUUAUUGUGCCUUAUAAAGCAUCAACAAAUGGUGUCAUUUAAAAAAUCCCAUCCUGCUCAGAGUAAAUGUGGCAUGAAUUUAGCAGCUUUACAUUGCCACUGAUUUCAGUGGGAGAAUUAAGCACAUGCUGAAAUUUCUCAUGAAUUAAAUGGGAUUUAAUGUUCAGUGAUUCCAUGUCCUGGAUUUUUUUUUAAAAAAACGUGGUGCCGGAAGGGAAUUCCAGCAUCUAUAGAAUACAUCCAUUUCUUUGUCCUGAGUGUACAUUUCAAUGUCAGUUAUUUCUGUUGUGAUUGUUCCAAGGUCAAUGUUGGGAAGUAUUAAGGAAAUUUCUCAUCUGAUAAAUACACAGUAACUACCCUGUCAACCUGGGAAGUCAUUGUAAAAAAAUGUGGAGCAACUAACAUAACUGUAGGCUCCAUCAUUAUCAAGGAACAAAUGCUUUUAGAAAUCACACAUAUGUUUCUGGGAACCACAAUGUGUAGCAUGAUGAGAGUUAACUUGGGUUGAUUUCAUGGCAUCUGAAAGUACAUCUAGUGUUCCAAGAAAAAAAGUAGAUCUGCUAGAUAUCUUUUUACAUUUCUAAUGUGUGCAUUCAUACAAAUGGGAUAAUAUGUCAUUAAUGCCUUCAGUGCAUUCAUUGUAAUGUAUAAAUCUCAAAGUGUAAGCAAUAGACUUGUUCUAGGGUGAAUUUGUUUCAGUUUUAAGGUCUUCAGACUCCUUGUCAGUCUUGGGACCAGGGAACAGUGUACUGCUGUACUUGAUGUACUGGAGGGAGAUGGAUUUUUGGAGAACUUUUCACUUCUGGUUAAGAACUAAGGGUGGUAUUCAAUGCUAGUCCUACUCAGAGAAGACCCACUGAAGUUUAAGGACAUGACUAACUUUGAUCUACUAAUUUCAAUGUGUCCGCUCUGAGUAGGAUUUAGCUGAAUACAACUCAUAGUGAUGGAACCUUUGGAAGAAAGAGGUGUGACAUUUAAUUGUGCAUAGGCAGAGUUGUCUUUUUUUUAAAAGUCAUUUUCAUGUUUUCAUCAGUCUUCAUGGAAUAGGGCUACAUAGUUCAUCAUGUGCUUCCAUCUUCACCACUGAGGAAAUAGGACGAUGGCAAUGUUUCCUAUCUUCAUCCUUAUAACAUCUAUGUGAAAGAGGGCAUCAUUCUCAUUUUGAUGAUGGGACUCUGAGGCUAAGAGAUAGGGACAGGAUAAUAAGACAGUAACAUAAUCAUUGAACCUGUGACAGCAUAAUGAAACAAUAACUGAGGCAGGAUUUGAACCCAGGUGGAUUCCCCUAUGCUCAGGUUCAAUUUUCUAUUGACUACUACAUGAGAAUUGUUCUUUCAAUGCAUGACACUUCCAAUAAAUUUAUUUAAAUGAUUGAACUUAGCUUGUUAAAAUGUAACUCUAACCAUUAAGUUCUAAGGCUUGUGGGGGUGGGGUGGAGUGAGGGAAUCCAAAGGCAGUUAAACAGUCUUAUCUGAGUCAGCAGGGCAGGGAAGCACUCUUGUCCUUCCUUCCUUCCUUCCUUCCUUCCUUCCUUCCUUCCUUCCUUCCUUCCUUCCUUCCUUCCUUCGAUUUCCCUCCCAUGUCCCCAGUGGAAGGGAAAUAGAAGGGAUAGAUUCACACCAGCUCCUUAGCUGGUGUAAAUUUUGUCUCGGUCUGGGAGUGUGUUGGUGGACUGGGAAGUCACUAGAUCAGCGUUUCCCAACUAGUGGGCCACCAGAU